AUGUACAGCCCCAACCAAAAUGCGCGCCCGCGCAGCGGUCUGUCCUCUCCGCCUGAACAGGAGAAGGAGGGACUGCUCGCCGAGCUUGACAAGAUCGCGCCCAUCAAGAGCUUCGACGCAUUCCCAAAGGUGCAGGCAACGUACACAGCUCACUCGCGACGAGGCGGCGUCCUCACCGUGAUUGUUAGCCUGGCGAUUUUCCUUCUCGUUCUCCCAGAUUACUCCUUCUCCAUUGACUCGGGCUUGGAAGACAACUUGCAACUAAAUGUCGACCUGACUGUGGCGAUGCCGUGCCAGGACCUAUCCAUCGACCUGCGUGACGCGGUCGGAGACCGCCUGCAUUUGAGCAAUGCCUUUGCGAAGGAAGGGACCGUAUUUGAGGUCGGCCGGGCAACACAUCAGAAGCUGUCCAAGGCAUCCAAGACGCCAUCUGCGUCCAAGAUCAUCUCGGAUGCGCGCCGCUCGACCCCGAAUCAGAAGAAGUCGCUGUCUGGUGUGCGCAAGUUCUUCUCCUCGAGCGGAGCACAGCAGAAGCACUUCCAGUACCGUCCCACUCAUAAUUUUGUCAAGGACGGACCCGCAUGCCGCAUCUACGGCAGUGUGUCCGUCAAGAAGGUGACCGGCAACUUGCACAUCACGACACUUGGGCACGGAUACAUGAGCGGGCACCACACCGACCACGACCUCAUGAACCUGACUCACGUUAUUCACGAGUUCUCGUUCGGACCCUUCUUCCCCGCCAUCGCCCAGCCGCUUGACAUGAGUCUGGAGACUACGGAUGCCGCAUUCGCAGCUUUCCAGUACUUCCUCCGUAUUGUCCCGACCACGUACAUCGACGCGAACCGCCGGAUGCUCAGCACCUCUCAGUAUGCGGUAACGGAGGCGACGCGAGUGUUUGAACACGGGCGAGGCGUGCCUGGCAUCUUCUUCAAGUACGACCUCGAGCCGAUGACCAUCACUAUCCGUGAACGGACGACGACGCUGUAUCAGUUCCUCAUCCGCCUUGUCGGUGUGAUUGGCGGCGUGUGGACGGUUGCCGCGUUCAGCUUGCGAGUGGCCAACCGCGCCCAGAAGGAGGUGACGAAGGCCGUUGCUGGGGAGAAGGAGGUGAUCCCCUCCUCGUUUUCCAGACCAUCAUCGUCGUCUCGACGCAGCAGCUCGUUUUUGGGAAUGGGCUCGCCUUCGCCAGGCGUUGCGCGGACGAACAGCUGGAUUUCGGGAGAUAACUCGGGGGACUGGAAACGUCGGUAG